AUGGGAAGGGCCCAUCCCUGCCACAGACCCUUUGCUCUGGUUUUGACCUUCUCUAACUGUCCCCCCCCAGCCAGUGCAGUGAAGCUGAACAAGCAGCAGACAGACAUUGCAGUGAACUGGGCAGGAGGCCUCCACCACGCCAAGAAGUCGGAGGCUUCUGGCUUCUGUUACGUCAACGACAUCGUCCUGGCCAUCCUGGAGCUCCUGAAGUAUCACCAGAGGGUGCUGUACAUCGACAUCGACAUUCACCACGGGGACGGGGUGGAGGAGGCCUUUUACACCACGGACCGUGUCAUGACCGUGUCCUUCCAUAAGUACGGGGAGUACUUCCCAGGAACAGGGGACCUGCGGGACAUUGGUGCAGGCAAAGGCAAGUACUACGCUGUGAACUAUCCCCUCCGGGACGGCAUCGACGACGAGUCCUAUGAAGCCAUAUUCAAGCCUGUGAUCUCCAAAGUCAUGGAGACAUUCCAGCCGAGUGCUGUUGUCCUGCAGUGCGGAUCAGAUUCCCUCUCCGGGGACAGGCUGGGCUGCUUCAACCUCACCAUCAAAGGUCAUGCCAAGUGUGUGGAGUUUGUGAAAAGUUUUAACUUGCCCAUGCUGAUGCUGGGAGGGGGCGGCUACACCAUCAGGAACGUGGCCAGGUGCUGGACCUAUGAGACUGCUGUGGCUUUGGACACCGAAAUUCCCAAUGAGCUUCCAUACAAUGACUACUUCGAGUACUUCGGGCCAGACUUCAAGCUCCACAUCAGCCCCUCGAACAUGACCAACCAGAACACCAACGAGUACCUCGAGAAGAUCAAGCAGCGUCUCUUUGAGAACCUGCGCAUGCUCCCGCACGCCCCCGGGGUGCAGAUGCAGCCCAUCCCCGAGGAUGCUGUUCAGGAGGACAGUGGAGAUGAAGAGGAAGAUGACCCCGAGAAACGCAUUUCAAUCCGCAAUUCCAACAAGAGAAUAUCCUGUGAUGAGGAAUUCUCUGACUCUGAGGAUGAAGGGGAAGGAGGGCGCAAAAACGUCGCCAACUUUAAGAAAGCCAAGCGUGUGAAGGCAGAGGAGGAAAAGGAGGAAGAGGAGAAAAAAGAUGAGAAGGAAGAGGAAAAAGUGAAAGAGGAGAAAGCAGAACCCAAAGGGGCGAAGGAAGAGCCAAAAUCCACCUGAGCUGGACGGGCCUGUCCGUGCGUAGUUUGUCGUAGGUUUUUAGCUCCCGGGUUGCCUCCUAUUCCACAGGAUUUAUAUUUUAUAUAUGUUUCUGUAUAUAUUUCUAUAUAAUUGUAUAAAUGACUUGAGGACUGUAAAUUAUUCCUUGCUGCACUCCUCACUGGGAGCAGAGGGGAGGAUUCUGCGGAGCAGCCAGACCUGCACUGCCCAGAUUUGGUGACUGGGAAGUUUUCACUCUUGCCUUCCACUGCCUCCUUAGUGUGUCUGUAAACAAAACAAACAAACAAACAAACAAAAAAAAAUCACUUCCUUUACUCUCUCCUCUGAAAUAACCUUGGAAAAGAAUAAUUUAAGUAGAAGUAGUAUCUGCAUUUCAGGUUAGGUGGAAAGAUGGCCAUGAAUUCUUUUUGUUUGGUUCUUUUAUUCUUCUUCUUUUUUUUUUUUUCUUUUUUUUUUUGGUGGUGUUUUAUGGGAGAAUCCGAGUUCCCAAAUGAAGCCUGUGAGAGACUAUUCCUUUGGUCUUCAGUUUGAUUCCACUGUGGCAAGUUAACUGCAAGCUGGUGCCACUUCUCAGGGUCAAAUAGUGCAGUUCUUGAAUAGAGUUGGUUCCUCCCUGCAGCAAACUCGUGGAAAGAGAUGAAGCAGCUUAAAAACUACCUGAAAAGUGAUUUUUUUUAAUUUUUUUUUUUUUUUUAAGUGAAUCAGCCCCAGAGCCCAGAUCUGGAAAAUGAAAACCACCCGUGUGUGGUGGCUCAGUUUUCCGAGAUGUGGCAGAUCCAGGGAGUGUGGCAGCACCUCGAGGAAGGGAAGGGAUGGAGCUUUUAUACCUGGUUUUUUCUAUACCUGUGCCCCUCUUUGUGGGGGGGAAAGUGAGUUACUGCCCCUUUGGCUUUGUUUUUCCUGCUUUUCUGCCCUUGGCUCCCAGAACUGAUCCGCGUCCUGGGCUGAAACCACUGCAGAAAUCCCCAAUCCCUCUCCAGCCCAGCCCCCAGCCUGGCUGAGAAUUUAGUUGAUGUGUUGUCACUGACUGAAAUACUAUUUUUUUUUUCUUUUUUUUUUCCGACCUGAAGUUACAAACGUUUUCAAAUUGAAUUUUCCUCCCAAGGCCAGUAAAUACGAAGAACCUUUUUUUUUAUCUGUUGCCUUCCUGAGGGAACAGCAGAUGGGGCUCUGAACGCUCUUUACAGCUCCUUUUUCCUCCUCCCACACAUUAUCUCACCCCCCGAAGGUCUUUUGUGACCGGCUCUGCCCCUUUCUUUAGCAUCUCCUUUUGUACAGCUGAUCCUUAGCCGAGCUUUCGGGGGAGAAGUUUGGUUUUCAGGCAGUCCCGACUCGCUGCUCUCCUUCCUCAGGGGGAUUCCUCCGGCCCUCAGGGGAGGAUCUGGAACCUCCCCCGGGAGCGCUGCCGAGGGUUUCAACUCUAAUAAUGCUGCUAAAAACUUCACACAGGUUAUUUUUUCAAAGGGUUUAUUUUUUUAAAACGCUUCUUUCCUCCCCUCUCCCCUCCCUUCCCGUUUUCCACCGUGAGUUUUUUAGUCUCUUUUGGAUCCGGGUGUCACUCCUGCUCUUCAGUGUUUGUAUGUGAAGCCAGAGAAGAAGAGAUCAGUGUAACUUUGUGUCUGGGGGGGGAGGGAGGGGAGGGGAAGGGAGGGGAAAUAUAUUGUGGUUUUUUAAAGAUGCGUUUAUUUUGAAUUUUGAGAAUCUUUUUAAUAAAAACUGGUACAUUUCUAUGGUUGGUGUGAGUCUGGCCUGCUUUCUACUCAGAGGGGACACUCCAGUGGGUGGGGGGGGUCAGUUCAUUUUCAGAGCCACAGCUGGAUGUAAUGUAGAUCCCAACAAAAAAUUCCAGGUGUAACAAUAUUUGGGAAGAGAGGUGAAUGUUUAAUCCCAUCCACCAAAAUGUUUUGUUUAGAAUCUACUCGG